CAUCAAUCAAACAGAUGAAGCGUGACCAGUGUUUGUUUCUCUCCUUUGUAGUUAUUUUAGCGGUUAGUGGCGCUAAGGUUACAGCGGCUGGACUACUGCCACCAGAAUCAACCCCGUUGAUCCGCCACUAUUACAAGGUUCACAACACUUGUUCGAAUGUGGAACCUUUUAUUCGACAUCAAAUGAAACUUAUAUUUGACAAGGACAAGACAAUAACCCCGAAGCUCAUUAAGUUGUUAUAUGCUGAUUGCAUGGUUAAUGGUUGCGAUGCAUCGAUAUUGUUGGAUGGUGAGAACACAGAGAAAAAGUCACCAAAGAACCGAGGACUAGGGGCGUAUGUUGUUAUUGACGUAUUGAAGAAAGUUGUUGAAGCAAGGUGUCCUGGAGCAGUAUCGUGUGCAGAUAUUAUGAAUAUUGCAGCUAGAGAUGCCAUUUUCUUUUCAGGAGGGCCAUCAUACCCGGUUUUCUUAGGAAGAAGAGACGGGCUCAAAUCAGAAGCUUCAUGGGUUGACCUCCCUUCACCCUCCAUCUCAUGGGAAACUGCUCUUGCCUACUUCACAUCUAAAGGUCUAAAUCUGCAAGACAUGGUUACACUCCUAGGAGGACAUAUGAUGGGAAGAACUCGUUGUAGUAACAUUGUAGACCGGCUAUACAAUUUCAAUAACACUGGAAAACCAGACCCAACCAUGGAAUUAGCAACAUUGAGUUACUUGCAAAAGCUAUGUCCAAAGAAGGUCAAACUGGGCCAGCCCAACCCUCUCAUAAACCUGAACCCGCAAAAUCCAACACACAAGUUUACAAACUCUUACUAUUCAAGAGUGUUGUCUAACAAGUCUGUUCUAGAGGUCGACCAACAGAUGCGCUAUGGUGGUGACACCUAUGAAUUAACUGAUGAAUUUGCUAACAGCCUAGAAGACUUCAGGGGGGGAUUUGCUUACUCAAUGAGCAGGAUGGGAGGACUCAAGGUUCUAACUGGGACCAAAGGCCAAAUACGAAGAAAUUGUCAUGUCGUGAACAAGUAA